AUGCCAACUCUCUUCUGCAUUCAACCAGAGGAAGAGCAGAAUGUUACCAAAUCUGUAGUUGAUGAGGUAGUUGAUGUUGAACUAGAAGAAAGUGGCCCAGUGGAGUCUGAGAUGCUGGAUAAUUCUAAUAAUGCUCUGGAUAAAGUCAAAGAGAAGGAAAAGGAGGUAGUUCUGAAAACUAUCCUAAAACCACCACCUCCAUUUCUUGAGCGGUUGAAGAAAAAGAAAAAGGUAGAUCCGAGAGCGUUUACUAUCCCGUGUAAUAUUGGGUCCCUGAAUUUUACCAAAGAACUAUGUGAUUUGGGAGCCAGUAUAGACCUAAUGCCACUCGCUGUGUACAAGAAAAUGGUUUUAGGGGAUCCUAUCCCAACGAACAUACAGUUAGUGAUGGAAGAUAAGUCUGUAAAGUGGCCAGUGAUAUUAUUACUUGAUGUAUUGGUAAAGUUGUCCGACUUCAUUAUGCCUGCUGAUUUUGUAGUCCUGGACUGUGAGAUGGACUUCGAAGUGCCCAUCAUUUUAAAUAGACCAUUCCUUGUAACAGGGAGAGUGAUAGUGGAUAUAGAACUUAAAGAGCUGAAGUUUAGGUUCAAUAACAAGGAAGCAGGAUUCAAAAUACACUCAUCCAUGACACCGGUAAAAGAGAUCAGUGUUUUCUCAAUCGUAGACGUAUUCUAUGAAGAUGAUAAAAGGGUAACAACAAGAUGUCUUGGCAAAGUCUGA